GUCCCUUUGCAACGCGUCGCGUUUCACUGAACAGCUCCCUCACCUUUGCCAUUCGCCGACACCACCAACCAUGGAGGUCUUGGCAUCCUCCAACUCAACGACUGCGGCAGCAGUCACCUUCAUUACCUUCGUUCAAGACCUCAAGAAGAAGACCAAGACAUGGGGGCCUAUGAUCGAACUUUGCGCUGGCGGCGAGAAGACCUUAGAGCGAUUCAGAUACCAGUUUCCGGAGGAUUGGCUCUACAGUGACCAGCUACGAGGAGAAUGGAGUGCUUACAAUGAAAUAUUGAAGCGCAAGAAUGAUUCGAUCCAAGAACAACUAGUCGGACUGCAACAGAAGAUCGUCUACGAAGACAAAGCUAUAGAGAAUAGGAUCAAUGACAUUAUGCAGGAAUGGGAGCAGACACGUCCCGUCCAAGGCAGCAUUCGAGCGGAUACCGCGUUGAACACCAUCAACGUGUUCGAAACAAAGCUUACCAAACUAAAGGAAGACUAUGAGCUCGUUUGUAGAGCCAAGGAGGCAUUAGACCUCGAGCUCAUCCGUCAUACACGACUAGAACCUAUUUUUGAAGAACUCCGGGACCUCAAGGCAGUCUGGACAGCCCUUUCAGGUAUUUGGAACCAGAUUGGCGAGCUCAAGGAGCUCUCAUGGGCAAAUGUUCAACCGAGAAAGCUUAGACAACAACUCGACCAGCUGCUUUCGUCGACGAAGGAGAUGCCGACGCGUAUGCGACAAUAUGCGGCUUUUGAAUACGUGCAAGAUAUUCUGAGAGGACUUUUGAAGUCAAAUACUCUUAUCUCAGAACUCAAGUCUGAGGCACUGAAGGACAGGCAUUGGAAGCAAUUGUUCAAGGUCUUGCGAUUGCCGUCACACAUUAGUCUCACUUUGAUGACCCUUGGCAAUGUCUACGACUUGGAUCUGAAGAAGAAUGAAAAUCUCAUCAAGGAGGUCAUCAUCCAGGCGCAGGGCGAGAUGGCUCUCGAAGAGUAUAUCAAGCAAGUCAAAGAAACCUGGACGAACUAUACUCUCGACCUUGUCAAUUAUCAGAACCGGUGCCGUUUGAUUAGAGGAUGGGAUGAUUUGUUCAACAAGUGUAGUGAGAACUUGAACUCAUUGACGGCCAUGAAAAUUUCGCCGUACUAUAAAGUCUUUGAGGAAGAGGCAGGGUCCUGGGAGGAGAAACUAAACCGCAUCCACGUUUUGUUUGAUGUUUGGAUUGACGUACAACGCCAGUGGGUAUAUCUAGAGGGUAUUUUCUCCGGAAGUGCAGACAUCAAGCAUCUGCUACCUGUCGAGAGCGCACGUUUCAAUAAUAUCAACACUGAGUUCUUGGCGGUCAUGAAGAAGGUGUACAAGUCACCGUUUGUUGUCGAUGUCAUGAACAUUCCCGGUAUCCAGAAGAGCCUCGAGCGUUUGGCCGACCUGUUGAACAAGAUUCAGAAGGCUCUUGGAGAGUAUCUCGAGCGGGAGCGUGCAUCUUUCCCUCGAUUCUACUUCGUCGGUGACGAAGACUUGCUGGAGAUCAUUGGUAACAGCAAGGAGAUCUUGCGUAUCAUGAAGCAUCUCAAGAAGAUGUUUGCCGGUAUCUCGACCAUAAUGCUCGACGAGGAGCUUACGCAGAUCCUGGGUAUGGCUUCCCGAGAAGGAGAAGAGGUCGUCUUCAAGACUCCGAUCUUGCUCAAAGACUUCCCGAAGAUCAAUGACUGGCUGACGAAGCUAGAGUCGGAAAUGAGAGUCUCGCUUGCUGAACUUUUGUGCGACGCUGUUGCAGAAUUGCAGAGUUUCUACGGCACCGGCGAGACGCUACCUCAGGAACAGUUUAUCGCAUGGAUAGAGAAAUUCCCGGCUCAGCUCGUUACGCUCGCCAUUCAAGUUGCAUGGACAGCUUCUGUAGAAGGUGUUCUCCAGGCCUCGCAACCCCUUGAUGUUCCUCUCGACACCAUUCGACAAGGUCUCGACUUACUCGCGGACGUCGUCUUGACGGAGCUCACGCCAGUCACCCGUCGCAAGUGCGAACACCUCAUCACUGAGCUUGUCCACCAGCGUGAUGUUACUCGUGUUCUCAUUCAACAACAGGUCGCUGAUAACAAGGCUUUCUCGUGGUUGUAUCAAAUGCGUUACUACCUUGACCCAACCGUGGAGAAUCCUCUGAACCGCCUUGCUAUCAAGGUCUCGGACGCCUCCUUCCCUUACGGAUGGGAAUACCUUGGAGUUCCGGAUCGUCUUGUCCAAACACCAUUGACGGAUAGGUGUUACCUUACUCUUACCCAGGCUUUGGAUAAUCAAUUGGGUGGAUCGCCUUUCGGUCCCGCUGGAACGGGCAAAACCGAAUCAGUUAAAGCUUUGGGUGUACAGCUCGGUCGGUUCGUUCUGGUGUUUUGUUGUGACGAGACAUUCGACUUCCAAGCCAUGGGUCGUAUCUUCGUCGGCCUGUGCCAGGUCGGCGCUUGGGGUUGCUUCGACGAGUUCAAUCGUCUUGAGGAACGUAUCCUUAGUGCUGUUUCACAACAAGUUCAGAGCAUCCAACAAGGUCUUGCUGCUCUCGUCAAGAACCCCAACGCUGAGAUUGAAUUGGUCGGCAAGAAUGUCAAGAUCAACAGCCAGAUGGGUAUCUUCAUCACGACUAACCCAAGCUACGCCGGUCGUUCAACUCUUCCCCCCAACUUGACCAAGUUGUUCAGGCCGAUGGCAAUGACGCGACCCGAUCGUGAACUUAUCGCUCAAGUUAUGCUGUUCUCUCAAGGUUUCCGUACUGCAGAGUCCCUUGCUUCUAAGAUCGUGCCCUUCUUCAACCUUUGCGAUGAGCAACUAUCGCCUCAACCACACUACGACUUCGGUCUUCGUGCAUUGAAAGCAGUGCUUGCUAGUGCUGGUAUCCUCAAGCGUGAGCGUUUGCAGAAUGCUCGCUCAAGUGAGGAAGGCACCGUUGAGUUGUCCGAUGCGGUCUCCGAGCAGGUCAUCCUGAUUCAGAGUGUAACUGAAACUAUCGUCCCAAAGUUGGUCGCAGACGACGUGCCCUUAUUGACUAGUCUCUUGGCCGAUGUGUUCCCUGGUACCGACUACGUUCCAGUUGACCUCGAUGCCCUUCGUGAGCAAAUCAGCAAAGUUUGCGCCGAGCGCAGACUUGUUGAAGGAGAACGUUGGAUCGCCAAGAUUCUGCAACUGUAUCAGAUCCAAAAGAUCCAGCAUGGUCUCAUGAUGGUUGGUUCCUCCGGAAGCGGCAAGACUAACGCAUGGCAAGUCCUUUUGGCAGCGCUGGAACGUCUGGAUGGAGUCGAAGGUAUCGCCUAUGUCAUUGACCCGAAAGCGAUGGACAAGGAUGCACUAUACGGUACCCUUGACCCAACGACCCGUGAGUGGAACGAUGGUCUAUUCACUCAUACUUUGCGUAAGAUUGUGGAUGAUGUGCGUGGGGAGAGUGGCAAACGGCACUGGAUAAUCUUCGAUGGUGAUGUCGACCCAGAGUGGGUUGAGAACUUGAACAGUGUCCUCGAUGAUAACAAGCUGCUGACGUUGCCCAACGGUGAACGUCUCAAUCUCCCAUCGAAUGUGCGCAUAAUGUUCGAAGUCGAGCAUUUGAAAUAUGCCACCCUGGCAACCGUCAGUCGAUGCGGUAUGAUUUGGUUCAGUGAAGACGUGGUUGACCCCUCGAUGGUAUACCGCAACUAUCUUGAUACAUUGUCUACCGUACCUUUGGACGCUGAAGACGACGAUUUCGAUAUUCCCGGACGUCGCAUAGAUGCUCUAGCUCCUGAUCCUACAGCGUCAGCCAACCUCGUCACUCAGAAGCAGGUCGCUGCAAUCCUCGAACCUUACUUUGCCGAGGACGACCUGGUCUCUUCCGCUCUUACUUACGCCGAAUCAAUUGAGCAUAUUAUGGACUUCACCACAACUCGUGCACUCAAUACCUUAUUCUCCCUUAUCAACAAGACUGUCCGCAAUAUCAUCGAAUACAAUAUUCAGCAUUCCGACUUCCCUCUGCCACCUGAUAAAAUAGAACAGUAUGUCAGUAAACGACUAUUAGUGAACAUUAUCUGGGCCUUUUCCGGAGACGCCAAGCUGGAUUUACGGGCUGAUAUGGGCGACUUCUUGCGCAAGCAGACCGGUAUUGACCUACCUCCCCUUCACCAGGGAGGCUCCUUGUUGGAUUAUGACGUGCAAAUCAGCAAUGGUGACUGGAUAGCAUGGCAAUCCAAGGUUCCUGUCAUCGAGAUCGAAGCUCAUGCCGUGACAGCCUCCGACAUAGUCGUACCCACCGUGGAUACCGUCCGACAUGAAGAAGUCCUUUACUCUUGGCUCUCAGAACAUAAGCCUCUCAUGCUUUGUGGUCCUCCUGGUUCCGGCAAAACAAUGACUUUGUUUAGUGCUCUUCGCAAGUUGCCCGACAUGGAGGUUGUCGGUCUGAACUUCUCCAGCGCUACAACUCCAGAGUUGAUUCUCAAGACCUUCGAACAAUAUUGCGAGUACCGUAAGACACCCAAUGGUGUCAUACUGGCACCCGUUCAGAUUGGACGCUGGCUGGUCGUCUUCUGCGACGAAAUCAACCUCCCAGCGACUGACAAGUAUGGCACGCAACGAGUCAUAUCCUUCAUUCGUCAGCUUGUGGAAUGUGGUGGAUACUGGAGGACAUCGGACAUGGCUUGGGUUAAGCUCGAGCGUAUCCAAUUCGUUGGUGCUUGCAACCCUCCUACAGAUCCCGGUCGUGUGCCCCUCAGCCAUCGUUUCCUGCGGCAUGCCCCCUUAGUCAUGGUUGACUACCCCGGUGAAUUGUCGUUGAAGCAAAUUUACGGCACAUACAACAGGGCCCUAUUGAAGGUGGUUCCGAACUUGCGCGCCUACGCCGAACCACUCACAGACGCUAUGGUUGAUCUCUAUCUUGCGUCCCAGAAGCACUUCACUACCGAUAUUCAAGCGCAUUAUGUCUACAGUCCUCGUGAACUAACGCGAUGGGUCCGUGGUAUCUACGAAGCCAUCAGGCCGCUGGAGAUAUUAUCCGUAGAAGGACUGGUACGCGUUUGGGCCCAUGAAGCUCUGCGUCUGUUCCAGGAUCGACUUGUCACGGAAGAAGAGAAGCAAUGGACAGACGAGCAUAUUGAUACGGCCGCAAUGCAGCACUUCCCGACUAUCAGUAGCGACGAGGCUCUUGCACGGCCCAUCCUCUUUUCCAAUUGGACAUCCAAGAAUUACAUUCCGGUCGAUCGUGAAGUACUUCGUGAAUACACGAAAGCGAGACUCCGCGUGUUCUAUGAGGAGGAACUUGACGUUCCUCUGGUACUCUUCAAUGACGUAUUGGACCACGUACUGCGGAUUGAUCGUGUUUUCCGACAAGUUCAGGGACAUCUGCUGCUGAUUGGCGUAAGCGGUAGUGGCAAGACAACACUUUCCCGCUUUGUUGCGUGGAUGAAUGGUCUUAGCAUCUUCCAGAUCAAAGUUUCCAACAAAUACACAGGCGAAGACUUUGACGAGGAUCUACGUACCGUUCUUCGUCGCGCCGGCUGCAAAGGCGAGAAGAUUUGCUUCAUUAUGGAUGAAUCCAAUGUCUUGGACUCUGGUUUCUUGGAACGUAUGAACACCCUUCUAGCCAACGCUGAAGUUCCCGGUUUAUUCGAAGGAGAUGAGCAUUCUGCGCUGAUGACUGCAUGCAAAGAGGGCUCGCAGCGCGAUGGUCUGAUGCUCGAUUCUCAUGAGGAGCUGUAUCGCUGGUUUACGCAACAAGUCGCCAAGAACCUUCACGUCGUCUUCACCAUGAACCCUCCGGAGAAUGGUCUCGCCUCGCGUGCUGCCACGUCGCCUGCCUUGUUCAAUCGUUGUGUCUUAGAUUGGUUCGGCGACUGGUCAGAUCAGGCAUUCUACCAGGUCGGUAUGGAGUUCACUCAGACCCUGGAUCUUGAAUUGCCGUCCUAUUCUCCUCCAGCGCUCUUCCCAAUCGCCUUCCGAGAGCUUUCUAUGCCUCCCGUUCAUCGGGCUGCAAUUGUCAAUGCUCUGGUAUAUGUCCAUGAAUCCCUACACCAAAUCAAUCAACGUUUGAGCCGAAGACAGGGUCGAUAUAACUACGUGACACCCCGUCAUUACCUGGACUUCAUCAAUCACUACGUGAGGCUCUACAACGAGAAACGCGAUGAACUAGAAGAACAACAGCGCCAUUUGCACGUGGGUCUCGACAAGCUCAGGGAUACUGUCACGCAAGUCGAAGAGCUCCGAAAGAGUUUAGCUAUCAAGCGUUCUCAGCUUGAGGCGAAGAACGCCGAGGCAAAUGAGAAACUGAAACGUAUGGUUGACGAUCAGCAGGAAGCCGAACAGAAGAAAGCUGCAUCGAUUGAAAUCCAGGCGGCACUCGUUGAGCAAGAUAAGAAGAUUGACCAGCGGCGCAGCGUCGUUAUGGCUGACCUCGCUGAUGCAGAGCCCGCCGUGCUAGACGCACAGUCUGCCGUGAGGAACAUCAAGAGGCAGCACUUGCAGGAAGUUCGUACUAUGGCCAACCCCCCGGAAGUUGUCAAGCUCGCCAUGGAAUCUGUCUGCACCAUUUUGGGUCACAAGAUUGACAGUUGGCGAACCGUUCAGGGUAUCAUUCGUCGUGAUGAUUUCAUUCAACGGAUCGUCAACUUCGAUACCGCAAAUCAAAUGACCAAGCAGCUGCGCGACAUCAUGAAGAGAGACUUCUUGAGUAAACCGUCGUUCAACUUCGAGGCCGUCCAGCAUGCUAGUAAAGCCUGUGGCCCGUUGGUGAAAUGGGCUAUUGCUCAGGUCAAAUUCUCGGAGAUCCUGGACAAGGUUGAGCCUCUCCGAAAUGAGGUACAGUCUCUUGAAGAUCGGGCGGCGCAGACCAAGGAACAGGCAAAGAUGAUCAUCAACAUGAUCUCUGAGCUCGAAGCUAGUAUCGAGAAGUACAAGGAGGAAUACGCGGCGCUCAUCAGAGAAACGCAAGCAAUCAAGACCGAGAUGGAACGUGUACAGAGCAAAGUCGACCGUAGUAUGAAGUUGUUGGAGAGUUUGUCUUCGGAGAAGACUCGUUGGGAAGAUGGCAGUCGCACAUUCGAAACAGAGAUGAGUACAAUCGCGGGCGAUGUUCUUCUCUCUGCUGGUUUCUUGGCGUAUGGAGGCUUCUUCGAUCAACACUACCGUGAGGUCAUGUGGCAAGAAUGGUCCACACAUCUUGUCGACGCCAACGUCAAGUUCAAGACCGAACUUUCCCUCCCCGAAUAUCUGUCUACUGCUGAUGAUCGUCUCAGCUGGCAGUCGAAGGGUCUGCCGUCCGACAACCUUUGCACAGAGAAUGCGAUCAUGAUCAAGCGAUUCAGCAGAUACCCUCUUAUUAUCGACCCAACAGGUCAAGCUACGAACUUCCUACUCCAUGAAUACAAGGACAAGAAGAUCACAGUCACCAGUUUCUUGGAUGAGGCGUUCCUCAAAGUGCUCGAGAGUGCUCUACGUUUCGGCAACACCUUACUGAUCCAGGAUGUCGAGCAUCUAGACCCCAUUCUCAAUCCAGUUCUCAAUAGAGAAAUCCGAAGGACUGGUGGACGAGUGCUCAUUCGUUUGGGCAGCCAAGAUAUUGAUUUCUCGCCCUCAUUCACGAUGUUCCUUUCCACUCGAGAUCCAUCCGUCGAGUUCUCUCCAGACAUCUGCAGUAGGGUUACCUUCGUCAACUUCACGAUGACGAGGAGCAGUCUCCAGAGCCAGUCUCUUGAUCAGGUUCUCAAGGUCGAGCGUCCAGAUACAGAGCGCAAACGCACUGAUCUCAUGAAGAUGCAGGGCGAGUUCCGACUUCGCCUCAGAACCUUAGAGAAGCUACUCUUGCAGGCCCUCAACGAAUCUACUGGAAAUAUUUUGGACGACGAUAAGGUCAUUGAUACAUUGGAGACACUGAAGCGCGAAGCUGCGGAAAUCACCCGGAAAGUCGAGGAAACGGAUGUUGUGAUGAAAGAGGUUGAGGAAGUCACAGCCGAAUACCUACCAUUGGCACAGGCUUGCAGUGCCGUCUUUUUCAUCUUGGAGCAGCUGAACCUCGUCAAUCACUUCUACCAGUUCUCACUGCGGUUCUUCCUGGAUGUAUUCGACUAUGUGCUGCACCACAACCCCAACCUCAAAGGUGUUUCCGAUCAGCACCAGCGCCGGGAGAUCCUUCUAAAUGACCUCUUCCUUACCAUCUACAAGAGGACCUCUCGAGCCCUUCUCCAUCGCGACCAUGUUAUGCUGGCUGUUCUGCUAGCUCAAGUCAAAUUGCGCGGGAUAGAAGACAUUGCGGAUGAUUUGGAGUUCCUGUUAGAAAGUGGGGACGGUGCUGGAACCGCAGCUCCUGGGGCUAGUAUAGAACAGAUUUCCAUUCUCAAUGUCGAGCAGAUGCAACGACUCGAGAGCUUCGCCAAACACCCGAUGUUCAAACCCGUAUUCCAGCACAUAUCCGAGCACCAAGAAGAAUGGGUCCCAUUGUUGGAGUCCAGCUCGCCUGAGCUCGCUGUUCCUUCUCCAUGGGAACCUAGUUCGCCUGCAAUUGAGGCUAUUCGCAAGAUCACUGUAAUCAAGUGUUUGCGUCCUGACCGCUUGUUACAAGCAAUGGCGUCGUUCGUGAACGUGAUCUUCCAGACUGAUCUAUCCUCGCUUUCUGAAUAUGACCUUUCCGCUAUGGUCUCUGAUGAAGUUCUACCCGCGACACCACUUGCGCUGGUCUCAGUGACCGGAUACGAUGCCAGCUACAAAGUUGAGAAUCUUGUGCAGAACACAGGUUCACGUUGUGCUUCCGUUGCGAUGGGAUCCCAAGAAGGAUUUACACUAGCUGACCAGGCCAUUGCUCAUGCCGCUCGACAAGGCUCAUGGGUAUUGCUCAAGAAUGUCCAUCUCGCUCCCUCAUGGCUCGGACAACUUGAAAAGAAACUGCAGACUUUGAACCCGCAUCGCAACUUCCGCCUGUUCUUGACCAUGGAAACGAAUCCUUCCAUCCCUGUCAACAUUCUGCGUCAGUCCCGUAUAAUCAUGAAUGAACCACCACCGGGUAUCAAGGCCAACCUUCUUGAUUCACUUCGCAGCAUCUCUGGACCGCGACUGUCACAGGGUCCCGCCGAGAAAGUCCGUCUCUAUUUCUUGCUGGCUUGGUUCCAUGCAGUUGUGCAAGAGCGCCUACGAUACGUUCCUCUUGGCUGGAGUAAAGUGUACGACUUCAACGACUCCGACUCUUCUGCGGCCCAACAUACGAUCGACACUUGGCUCAACGCUGCAGCAAAAGGUCGUGCUAACGUAGAUCCUGCGGCUAUUCCGUGGGAUGCAGUCCGCACGCUCAUCAAGCAGUCCGUCUACGGCGGCAGAGUGGACAGUGACUUUGAUCAGAAGAUCCUGGAUGCCUUCGUGGAUGGUCUCUUCACCCCUCAUGCUUACAAUGUCGACUUCGAUCUCGUUCCCAGCAUUGGUUGUUCUCAAAGUCUUAGUGUUCCUGACGGUACCAAACUCGAGCAUUUCAUGACAUGGGUGCAUGGUUUGCCUGAUCGUGAACCACCACAGUGGUUGAGUUUGCCACCUACUGCUGAGCGGGUCAUCGCCGUUGCACAAGGAAAUGAGCUGCUCGGUAAACUGCGUAAGAUGCGAAUGCUGGCGGAUGAUGACGACGAGGCGACCCCUGCUGCUGGGCCUGCCAAGGGUCAAGCUUCCCAACAGCCGGCAUGGAUGAGGAAUCUGCACGAACGCUGCCGCGAAUGGCUCGCUCAACUUCCCAAGGAUUUCAAGACGCUUCCUACGCAGAGUUCUGACAAUCAAGAUCCUCUGUAUCGUUUGUUUGCUCGUGAAGGCAACAUCGGUAACAAUCUCUUGAAUCAAGUCCGGAGGGACCUGGUAGAUGUGAUCAAGGUCUGCGAGGGCGAGCUCAAGCAGACUAACCACUUGCGAACCCUCAUGAGCUCCUUGACGAAAGGUACAAUCCCAGACCACUGGCGUCGCUACAAAGUUCAUAAGGCUAUGGGCGUGAGCGAAUGGGUCGGCGACUUCGCUCGUCGUUUGACUCAGCUUUCUGAGAUCGCCGGAUUGGACAACCUUAACAACCUGGAAGUCUGGCUAGGCGGUUUGUUCUUUCCUGAAGCCUACAUUACUGCUACUCGUCAAGCAGUUGCGCACCGGAAGAGGUGGAGUUUGGAAACCCUUCAGUUGCAGCUCGAUAUCGAGCAGGUCAAUGAUCCUGAAGCAUUCAUUGUUGAUGGUCUUGUUCUUCAGGGAGCGAACUGGUCAUCAGAUAAGUUGAUGCUGAACAACGGUGAGACCGUCAGGUUGAACCCCUCACAAAUCCGCUGGGUGCAGGCAGACGAGGCCGCAUCGAAGGCGGGUUCUGUCAACCUCCCUGUUUACCUCAACAAUGACCGAAGCGACGUCAUGUUCACCCUGGACCUUCCCUUUGAUAGCGAAACUGGCUCGCUGUUUGCUACUAGAGCUGUUUGUCUUACCGCUGGCGGUUAGAGACUUGAGAGUCAUUCUUUGGAGUUUCUGGACAUUUCAUGCGGAAUACCCGUGUCUGUAACGAUACCUGUAUGCAAUUCUAAUCCUCACGACCUUUCAUGACUUCACGUUUGAAUAGCAUUUAAUGUUAUAAUACCUGCCUCUAUACAUUUUCAGGAAUGUCUAUCAUGACCUUUUUAGUGGUGUUC